AUGAGCGACCUUUAUUCCGAUAAUGAUCCCGAGUACCGAGCAACUCGAGUCAAAUCUGGCAUCCCUCCGCCAUCAAUACGCGAUCGUCCUAGAAAUCAUCGUCAGGGAGGCGAUUUAUCCAGAUUCAAUCCUGCGAUGCAGCGCAAUCAACAACAACAGCAAAGAUACUCGCCCUAUGGUCAGCAAGGCCGUGAUGACAGAAGGCAUCACCAAGAGUAUGACAACCAAAGAUACUCACAUCACCAACAGCAGCAACGAUAUCCUGACCAGCGUUACUCUGAACAACAGCAACAGAGACAACCCUAUCCAGAUCAUCAUCAGCAACAGCAGCAACAGCGCCCACCAGCACCGGCAGCACCGGCAGCACCCAAACCCAAGCCAUUAGAGUUACGCACAAGUACCGACUUUUUAAAGUGUGAAAAACGGCUCUCGUUACAAGACCUUGUAGAUACCAUUCAGCCCACAGCAUGUACACCAGAAACAGACUAUGACUUUUUGAGCUCUAAAGCAUUGGUUGAAAAAGUAAACCAAUUGAGGGAGAAUAUUCGUCAUGUGCCUUACGAACAACGAUCAGAAGCAAGAUCCAAGAGCAAUCCGUUUGAAAGAAUCGGAAAUGCCAUCUUUAUGAACAGGGCAGCAACCAAAUUAGCUGCCUUGGAUGCGACAUUUGGACUGGCUACAACACACAGCCAAGAGUUUACAUUUGCAGACAUCUGUGGAGGACCAGGCGGAUUUUCAGAGUAUCUAUUAUGGCGAGUGCACAGUUGGGGAGAAUCUGCCCAUGGAUUCGGCAUCACUCUAAAAGGAAGCGAAGAAGUGAAUUGGCAUACAGAGAAAUUCCGGCCUGACAUCCCUCGUCAUAGUUUGACAGAAAUCAACGGAGCUGAUGGAACAGGCGAUUUGUACAAGAUAGACAACAUCAAGCAGUUUGAGGCCGCCGUCUUGAAGGAAACAAGAGAUCAGGGCGUGGAUUUGGCUGUAGCUGAUGGCGGAUUUGAUUUCACAGGACAUGAAGCAUAUCAGGAGUUAUCGGCUCAGCGUCUGUUGUUGUGCGAGGUUGUUACUAUGCUUACGUGUCUAAAGCAAGGUGGACAUUUUGUAUGCAAAUUCUUUGACAUUUUGAACGAAAGCACUGCUGGGCUAGUUUGGUUGCUGUAUCAGCUAUUUGAUGAAAUCUGCAUUACGAAGCCACUGAGCAGUCGACCAGCUAAUGCAGAGAGAUACAUUGUGUGCAAAGGACUCGUGCAUGAAAAACCUACGCAACUUGUUCAGCAGCUGAUGAAGGCCAUUGACACAAACACAGCCGCCAUCAGUAUUGUCACUCGUCCAUUCUUGGAAAAGGAUGAAGAUUUUAUUGAUUAUGUCAAGAUGCGCAACAUUCGAUUUGCCAUGAAGCAGACAGAAGCGUUAGAGCAGAUGGACCAGUUCAUCAAGAAUCCCCAACUUGCACCGUUGUACGACCAAGAGCAAGUAAAGAGACAUUGUUUGAAUGAAUGGAGAUUGCCCUUGCAAGACUCUCAGCAGCACUAUUUCUAA